GUUCGUUUUCAAGUACAUCUAGUAUUCGUGAUCAUUCGAAAUAAUCUAACAGUUGUGUAUACCCAUUUCAUAAUAUUCAAGAUUAGUCUAGACGUUUUACACGUGAUAAUUAUACGAAAAUGGCUAUGAGUCCGAGUACAAAGCAAAAAAUUGCAAUUGUUUUAGAUGUCAGCAAAACUAUAUUUCAUUGGGGAUUUAUUCCUGCUAUAUUAUUUUUAGGAUUUAGAAAAGGUGCUGACCCAGGCAUGCCUCCAUUAUCAAUUAUAAACUUAUUAUGGCAAUAAAAAAUAGCUACUUUGACAUUACUUUGUCUUAUAUUUCAUGAAGAUAUUUCCACAGCUUGACCAACUAUAUUUCUUUAUUUCCAUUAAAUUCAAUGUAAAUUUAUUUCUAUAAUUAUGAUCAAAAUUAUUAACAGGAGAAUGUCAUCUUUAUGUUGAGUUAUGCAAAAUAAAAAUUUUCUAGUAAAAAUUUGAA